AUGGGGUUUUAUAAGAGCCGAAUCAUCGACAUAGGUGGUUCAGCAGUUGUUUAUAAAGGUUAUGUUCUGUCGGCUGAAACUGUCGCGGUGAAGCGGUUUGAUCAGUUUAACGAAAAAGCAUUCACUCGUAAUCUUUUCAGCACAAAGUUUGCCAUUAUGACCCGUUGGCUAAACCAUUGUAACUUGGUUCAGCUUCAAGGAUGGUAUUGUGAGGAAUCUGAGUUGGUCUUGGUAUAUGAGUACUUGUCAAAUGGAAGCCUCUACCAACACAUUCACAAAACCUCAGUUUCAUCAAUAACUACCCUUUCAUGGAUCUUAAGAUUAAAGGAAGUUCUCGGGGUUGCUUCUGCUCUUUCAUCUUUACAUGAAGAAUGUGAAAGACAAAUAAUACAUAGAGAUGUGAAAACUUGCAACAUCAUGCUUGAUGAUGAGUUCAAUGCCAAGCUCGGAGAUUUUGGUUUAGCCGAAGUGUAUGGACAUUGUUGCGUUUCAAGAGAUGCAACGAUACCAGCCAGGACGAUAGGAUAUCUGGCACCCGAAUACGUUUAUACCAGUGCUUCGACUGUAAAAACCGAUGUUUACAGCUUCGGAGUGGUUGUCCUGGAGGUGGCUACGGGAAAGAGGCCUGUAAAAUGUUUUAGAGAUGGAAAGAUUGUUUGUGAGAACACCUUGGAUGCACGGUUGGAUGUUGCAUUCAAUAAAAAGCUUCCAGAGAUACGCAAGUGGCUCUUUUUUCAUCUUUCACCGUGGGUAUCCAAGUACAUGAACAGUCCAUGUGAUACUCAUCUGAGGGAAGUGAAACAUAUAAUGAGGUCAACAUCAGAAGCAGAGUAUAGGAGUCUUGCCAAUUAUGUUUCUGAGUUGGUUUGGAUUGAGCAGCUACUUGGUGAAGUAGGGAUUAGUGUAACUGGAAAGCCAGUUGUAUGGUGUGAUAACACCUCUACAAUCUCUAUGGCAACAAAUCCAACUCAUCAUGCUCGCAUAAAGCAUGUAGAGAUUGACAUUCACUUUGUGAGGGAAAGAGUUUUGGCUGAACAACUUAGUGUUAACUUUGUUCCCUCUGCAGAACAGGUAGCUGAUAUACUCACCAAACCGUUGCCUCCUGCAGUGUUUGGUGACAUGUGUUCUCGCCUUGGUAUAAAGUCUUGGGAAGAAGUCAAUGGUACCAGCUAUGUUAAGCAAAUCUAA